AUGCCCUCAUGGGAAGACACACUUUACCAAGAUGGCACAUGGGCAGUGUACUGUGUGCUCUACCUUCUGGUUCUGCACCUUCAGUUGUGCUCCAGUUGUCCAUCCAUUUGUGUGUGCAAUUCCACUGAGGCAGACUGUGGUGGGCAUGACCUGAAUACACUGCCUGCCCUUUCCCUGAUACCGUCAACUAUUCAGACCCUCCUCAUGCCAAACAACCACCUCACAUCCUUACCUGCUUCAGCCUUUGCCAACCUCAGCUCACUGGUGAGGCUUGACCUAUCCAACAACUACCUGGAUAACCUGCCAGCCCAAGUGUUUGCUGAGUUGGCCAACCUAACUGACCUUAGUCUGAGGAACAACAGCCUAACAGCAUUGGACCGUGACCUCUUGCAGGGCCUGGGGAGCCUUCGGCGGUUGGAUGUGUCACUGAAUGGCCUGGGUGCUGUGCCUCUUGGUCUGUUAGAACAUCAGCAUGGCCUGAUCUGGCUCUCUCUGGCUGGGAACAGACUCCAGGCAUUGCAUAGGGCUGCCUUUGAACCACUUGAGAACCUGCAGCACCUCGAGCUUGGAUCCAACCCAUGGGAAUGUGACUGCAAUUUGCGUGACUUCAAGAACUGGAUGGAGUGGCUCAUCUAUCGAGGUGGCUAUGUGGAUGCUGUGGAGUGCACCCUCCCCAAAGAUCUCAGAGGGCGUGACAUCCGGAGUGUUCCUGUAGAGAUGUUCAACUACUGCCUCCAAUUGGAUAAUGAGAAUGGGGGUGGGGCUGGAGGAACAAAAGGUGGCUCUAUCCCAUGUGCACAUGCAACCACUGCUCCAUUGCCUGAGAGCGUUGUGGUACAGAGUGAGUCCGAGCCAUUGGAUUGUGCUAAUAAACGUUACCGGCCUGUAAGCGUCCGUCGUGCCAUUGGCACUGUGGUGAUUGCUGGCGUUGUGUGUGGUAUUGUGUGCAUCAUGAUGGUUGCUGCAGCUGCCUAUGGAUGUAUCUAUGCUUCCCUUAUGGCCAAGUACCAGCGUGAGCUGAAAAAAAGGCAGCCACUGAUGGGGGAUGCUGAGGCUGAGGUUGACCCUGAGGAGAAACAGAUUUCAUCAGUUGCAUAGAAAUAAUAUAUAUUCUGUAUACUCCUGUGUGAUGACAAUGGUCUGUCUCUUUGCAUUCCUGUUUCCACACCUAGGUUUUAAAUGUGUGUGAACUGUUAUGUACUAUUUGGGUGUUUUCACAUGUAGUUAUUUUUAAAUAAACCAUAUUUAGUCCUCUUGGUGGUCCUGAAAGCGAACUAGUUUCAAAUUACCUCAGCAUUUUUGGUGUUCACAAUACAAGUGGACUUGGUUUGUUGACUUCAUUAUUGAGCUCUUCGACCACUUUUUCAGACUACAAAUUGUUUAGAACUCAGACCCCAUGGAUAAUAUAAUUCAAAAUAGGUAUUUUAUAUUAAGCAAUCAUUUAGCUGUGGAUGAACAAUCUGCAAAAUAUAAAAAAUGAAUUACCAGAAGUAUCUGGGGAAAAAAGCAAUGAGGUGAGGGAACCACUUCAUGUAAUUUCGACUAAAUUGCUAGCAUAGACCAAAUACAUGCAUACGAGGGGUCUAAUGCAAUGCCAACUGUAUUUGCAUUUUAUUUGUUUAGUGCUCAAAAUAUUCACAUUUAAUUUCAUAUUCAUAUUUAAAGUUGG